CCAUGUUCCUGAACACUUAGAAAAGUUGAGCAGAGCGAUGCUCGCUGAUUGGACCUCCUAUCCGCUGUGACGCAACCCACAGUCCUGCUGCUCCAAGCUCCAAACCGCUGCUCAGCCCUUUUUUGCGCUCAAUGCUUCCACUGCGCCCUCCCCGAGACGCUGCCGUCCUGUGACCGGGGUCCUCCAGGGCUCCCCCAGGUGAACACGAGGUCCACACACACCCAGCCGGAGCAGGGGGAUGACUGAGAGAAGUUGGAUGAUCCAGAAAACCCGGCGGUUCUGACGGUGCUUUCUCUCCAAGAGGCGCAGCGGCCCCCCUCCAUCCAACGACAGCAUGAUGUCCGCUAUAGAGACUGGUGCCACCGUGUACCAACCUGCACAGCUGCUCAACUGGGUCUACAUGUCCCUGCAGGACUCGCAGAGCAGCACGUUCGAUGCCUUCAAAGCCGAGUCGAACUCUUCUGUCCAGGACAUGAACAACUCCAAGCGCAGCGCAGCGGACCUGAGCUCCAACUAUCUCAACAACUUCUUCCAUCUGAGGAGUGAGGCCGUGAACAACAACUUCUACAAGAGCUCCUCGCCCUACGGGUCCCUCAACAAUAUCGUGGACGGCCUGAGCUCUCUUGCGGACCAUUUCUCAGACCUCUCCCUGUCCCCCGAGACGCGCAAACACAGCAAGCGGCCGCCGCCCAACUACCUGUGCCACCUUUGCUUCAACAAAGGACACUACAUCAAAGACUGCCCUCAGGCUCGACCCAAAGGUGAAGGCCGUACGCCGUAUCAGGGAAAGAAGAGGUGUUUCGGAGAAUACAAAUGCCCUAAAUGCAAGAGGAAGUGGAUGAGCGGGAACUCCUGGGCCAACAUGGGGCAAGAAUGCAUCAAGUGCCACAUCAACGUUUACCCUCAUAAACAGCGACCUCUGGAGAAACCGGACGGGCUGGACGUGUCGGACCAGAACAAAGAGCAUCCACAACACCUGUGUGAAAAAUGCAAAGUCCUUGGCUACUACUGCCGCCGUGUGCAAUAACACGGUUAUUGACUUCCCUCAUUUUAUCCACAAAGGGACAAAUAUACUUUAAUAACUAAAAACACAAGGUAAUAAACUUUAUUGUACUUCAUCUCUAAUGGUUUAUUCUCUGACACUGUGACUCUCCGUGUUAGAGGCUCGUCGCAGUGGAAACUUUCUGGAGUAUCUCUCAGUGGAGACGAGUACUUUGCAUUUGCUGGGUGCUUGUGAGUAACUCAGUUAUCAUUAUGUGAAUAUUCAUUUGAAGUCGUAACUAUGAAGCGAGAAUCUUACCAACUGUGAAUUAAAGAACUUUAGCUCAGCGUCUCACUUUCUUCACGUUGGAACUAAAGUCACGAGUGACUUGGACUCUUUUCUACAUGUUUGUAUAUUCCAGAAAUAAAUUAAAAUUAUGUUUUCUGUAUAAAAUAUGCAACAAGUCUUUACUAAGAAGGAUAUGCAGUAUUAAUGUGUAUCUGUAUUAUCAGUACGGGAGGGUACAUAAUUUUUUGGAGAUAUUUUUAAGCGAUUAGUUUCGUCGCUUAUUACACUUAAUGAAGGAAUAUAUUAGCCAACUAACAUUUAUUCUUUAUGUACUAUGUGAAUACAGUUAAAACCCCUUUUAGGUCGUUUUAUUUCAAAGUUGUAAACAAAUGCAAUAAUUUAGAAACAAUUUAUUUCCUGACAAAUAUAUAUUUUGGCACCCAGUGCUAACAGAGACUCGGCAAAGUGCUUUUUUUAUAGGCUGUAAUGUCUCAUAUGUAACAUGAGACAAAAAGAGGAUUAAAAACCUGAAUGUACCAAAGAUCAUGAAGGAUUCAGCGGAGGGUUUCGGGGCAUGUUGCUUCAGAGGGUUUUUGUAUUUCAAAUUAACCAUAAUUAAAUGGAAAAGAAACAUCAGCUGAUAAUAACUGAUCUGGAUGUGACACGCCAUUUAAUGUGCCUUGAUGGGAGUAACCCAUGAGAUGGAUCUCUUCAAAUGUUUUUGUAUUAAAAUGAAUUUAAACAUGUUACAUCGUGUUCCUGUUUUCUUACUGUUCUGCUAAUUGAUCGGUUUUGUCUCUUCUGACGAUGAAAGAUCAGAAGAUCUGUUUUUAAAUCCUCCAUGUUGGAGUUUGGGAGCCGAGAGAGAACAUCAGUGUGAAAAACACCAUCAACAAAUCCUGAUGUAACAUGUUAUCGGUCCACCACAUAUAAUUUUACAUAUAUAUGUAAAGAACGUGCAGAACACUUCACUGUGCAGUAGCAAUUAGAUCGGACGUCUCAGACCUUCAGCAGAAUCAAACCUAGAGGAAUAAGAUCAUGAGUCGACUGAAGCUGAUGAGAAAAGCAGGAGAGGAAAAUAAAAAAACUCUAAACACUGAUCUCAUUCCGCAGCUGCUGAUAAAAAAACAUUCGCCCUUCACCCAAUAAACGGGCACACCUUUCAUUUAUAAGCUUAAUUUCAGCCAGUUGUCAAGUGUCAAGUUUUUCCUUUGGAUAUUUUCCUGAUGUUUAAACAUCUGGUUCACGUAGCAUCAAAACAGACGCAGAGAACAAGCUCACACAUGAAGAAAAAAUGACUCCUUUUAUUAUUUUUUGCAAACCGAGUUAAUUAAUGAAUGAAUAGCUUCCUCUGAAAAUCAGCAGACCCCUGCAUUCUAUAAUACAAGUUCACAUUUUACAGUGAUGCACAGUGAAGUGCACCACUUGUUAGGGAGUUU